AUGGCACUUGACGUGGGUGAUCGAACUGAAGAUAUCAAGAAUAAUAAUCGCAAAGCAAGCACUGAAGUUCAUCCGGCUAUCGCUACCAAAAAAUGUUUUUACUGUGGAAGAGAAGAUAAAAAGCCGGAACCACCAAAGAAGAAAACCAACAACGGAUUCUACCUAGGGAUUAUCCUCGGUCACAACAUCGACUUGACUUUGAGCAGUUCGGAACGGUAA